AUGGCAGUUGCAAGCAUAGUCACCCACCCUGGGAAGACCAGCCUGGAUUACUACAGGAAUGACAGCUCUGUGCUGUCUCUUUAUGGAAACCUGGUGAACGACACAGACUUGACGUGUGACAAAAGGCAGGUCAGGCAGUUUGCUCAAGACUUUCUCCCGGUGUUUUUCUGCCUCAUCUUCUCUGUGGGUAUGGUGGGAAAUGCCUUGGUCGUGCUUGUCUAUUGCAAAUACCUCUUCAGGAGGAGCACAACGGAUUGGUAUCUGCUGCACCUGGCCAUUGCAGACCUCCUCCUCCUCUUCACCCUCCCCUUCUGGGCCAAGGCUGCCUUCGAUGGCUGGAUCUUCAAGGACAUCAUGUGCAAAGUUGUCAACAGCAUGUAUAAAAUCAACUUCUAUGGCUGCAGCUUGUUUCUUACCUGCAUCAGCUUUGAUAGGUACCUCACUGUUGUCCAAGCAAUGAAAGCUAAAACUUCCAAGCAAAGGCAGCUCCUCCGCAGCAAACUCAUGUGCUUGGCUGUCUGGCUGACAUCCGUGAGCCUGUGCAUCCCAGAAAUCAUAUACAGCCAAAGCAUGCAGGUGGGUGGCUUAACAGUUUGCAAAAUUACAUACCCACCAAAUGUCAGUAUGAUCUUCAGUGUUACUGUCCUGGCCUUGAAAGUCACAGUUGGAUUCUUCCUCCCACUCUUUGUCAUGGCCAUUUGUUACGCCCUCAUCAUCAACACCCUCCUGCAAGCUAAAAGAUCCCAAAAGCAGAGGUCACUGAAGAUCAUCACCAUGAUCAUCACUGCUUUCCUUCUCUCCCAGUUCCCAUACAAUAUUGUUUUGCUGGUCAAAGCCAUCAACAACCACACCAGGGUGUUGUACAGCUGCCAGGCUGCUGACCGACUGGACAUUGGGCUGCAGGUGACCCAGAGCAUCGCUUUCCUCCACAGCUGCCUCAACCCAUUCCUCUACGUCUUCGCUGGGGAGAGGUUCAAGACAGCACUGGGCAGGUUGAUGCAGAGUGGCAGCUGCUGCUGGAGCAGGGUCCAAGAGCAAUUCUCCUCUGCUUGUGACGGACAGGAGCACAGCUCAGACUGGUCCUUUGCCACGUUGGGCAGGCGGAGGGUGAGGAGCUCACUGACCCUCAACACCCACUUGAUGUCCUCCUCUGUGCACCCCUCCUUGCCAGGUGUUCUUGUUAGUUAG